GUCACGAGUGUUCCACACAUCCUGCGGAUUUACCCAGUAUACAGUAUAGUACUAGUAUAGGGGACAGUCUACGUAAGCAGCAGCCGAUGAUCCAUCUGUCUUUGCUGUCUACCGGCGGGGGCGGGUCACGGGGCAAGCGGUGAGGUGGCCGCCAUUACCUGACUACCGGUCUCCUUGUCUUGCUGCCGUCAGCGGUCGUGCGAUAUACGUGUAUGUUCGUAUCAUCAAGAGCUUAUGAUAAUACUAGGUGUUGUUAGCGCUUUGAAUCGUCUAUGUGUAUCAGAUCAGCAACUAUAGAUGCACACGGUGCAGCGUACGUCAAGUAAACGUUGAUAGUGUAAACCCAUUUAUAGCGAGCCUACACAGCGACCCUCCGCUACUGUGUGUGCGUGCGUUUGCGUGCGUGUGUGGUGGGUACACGAGGGCGAUUGCGUGUUAUCUGUCUAUCGCGCCGUGAGGUGUCGUGUUAUCCUACACCCGUGGAUGGAACAUUCCGCCGACCCCGCACUACUCGGCAGUUACUUGUGAUCUUACAUCCAUAUUUUCGUCGCUGAUGAAGGCUUGAGCACGUGUGUGUGUGCGUGCAUUCCGUGAUAUAUAUAUAUAUGUGUGUGUAUAACUUAUGAACUCUAGUGUUGCUCAGUGAGCAAGUGCGAUUCGCAGUUCUGUUGUUGAGCGGGUUGCCAUCGUGAUCGUGUGGUGCUGAUCGGCUAGAGUUGGAUCUGAACUACCGGAAGGAGGUUCUCUGCGAGGAGACGAACAACGACGUCGAGAUGGACGACGACUUCGGCGGCAUGUUCCCGCCUCCGAAAGUUCCGAGCGCGAAGAUCAAGAACCGCGGCGCUCGUCCCGCGUCCACGGACGCCGCCGCCGACGGCUGGUCGGACGCGUCCGCCGACGAACCGUUCCGCGCGCGCUCGCAGUCGGACAGCCGCGCGCGUCCGCCACAGCUCCUCAUCACCUCUCACCCGCCCGACAACGUCAACGGCAGUCUCGGAAGCCUGAACAGUCCUCGCAAUAGCGGCGGACACUCGCCGGGCGACUCGCUGGAUCGCCGCACCGUGUACACGCGCGGCGGGAAGUCGGUCGCGAACGAGGCGUCGUUCGGGCGGCCGCGCUCGGGCAGCGAGACGAAGAAGCGCGGGCCAGUGAUGAACCUGGUCGACAAGUUCCGCAACCGCUCGUCGUCCGACAGCCGCCGCCGCCACAGCUCAUCGCCGAACGCCGGCGGCGACCAGCUGCUACUGCAGAGGGAGCUACCGAGGUUGAACGUCUUAACGCUGCCACCAGAUGGCAGCGGGCCCGAUCAGGUGCCGUGGUGGCGCCGCCGGAGGAGCGCAGAUCCCGUCACCGUGCCGAUUCCGUAUUAUCGUCAACAUAGGAACUUAAGCUUGUGCGCGGAAGAGGAGGCGGGAUAUGAAAAUGAGAGAAAUGCGGUUAUGAACAACUCGCUGUCGCCCAGAGACCGGCCAUCCUCCCCUCAAAGCAUAGCUGGUGGCUGGCGCUUCGAUGUAUCGGGAAAGCUGGUGCUUGGGAUCGCUGAAUUUUCAUGAAGGCACACAAAAGAAUAAUUCCAAAGGUUAGCCCGUGCAGCUGAUUCCAGGAGUUAUUUAUUUGUUGAUUCUUGACGACCCACUGAGUUAUUUAUUCAAUAAGGCACCUGUGCACCGAUCAUGAUGCGGGUCCAGCCCGGCGAGGCUGUGCG